GCGCGGUAUUUGAAUCCCGUAACAAGGAGACAUUGCGAAGAUCCUAAGCAGAGCAGGCUGGAGUGCAGAGCUAACGGCGCCGCGGAAGCUUCUCUCCACCAUCUCCGGUCCUCGUCCCUCCCUGGGUCGGGCUGGCACUCUUGCCUGUCCCUUCCCCCAUGGCGCUACUCCGACGCCCGACGGUGUCCACUGAUUUGGAGAAUGUAGACACGGGAGUUAAUUCUAAAGCUAAGAGUCAUGUGACAAUGAGGCGGGCAGUUUUAGAAGAAAUUGGAAAUAGAGUUACGACCAGACCUCCACACAUAGCUAAGAAAACUCAGAACACCAAAAUACCUGUUCAACCCACCAAAACAAAUGUCAACAAACAACUGAAACCCACUGCUUCCGUGAAACCAGUACAGAUGGAAAUGUUGGCUCCAAAGGGUCCUGCUCCCCCAGCGGAGGAUAUCUCCAUGAAGGAAGAGAACCUCUGCCAAGCUUUCUCUGAUGCCUUGCUCUGCAAAAUCGAGGAUAUUGAUAAUGAGGACUGGGAGAACCCUCAGCUCUGCAGCGACUACGUUAAGGAUAUCUACCAGUAUCUAAGGCAGCUUGAGGUUCUGCAAUCCAUAAAUCCACGCUUCUUAGAUGGAAGGGAGAUAAACGGACGCAUGCGCGCCAUCCUGGUGGACUGGCUGGUGCAAGUCCACUCCAAGUUUAGGCUGCUGCAGGAGACCCUGUACAUGUGCGUCGCCAUCAUGGAUCGAUUUUUACAGGUUCAACCGGUUUCCCGUAAGAAGCUUCAACUGGUUGGGAUUACGGCUCUGCUCUUGGCUUCCAAAUAUGAAGAGAUGUUUUCACCAAAUAUCGAAGACUUUGUUUACAUCACAGACAAUGCUUAUACAAGCUCCCAAAUCCGAGAAAUGGAAACAUUGAUUUUGAAAGAACUGAAAUUUGAGUUGGGUCGACCUUUGCCACUGCACUUCUUAAGGCGGGCCUCAAAAGCUGGGGAGGUCGAUGUGGAACAGCAUACUUUAGCCAAAUACCUGAUGGAGCUGACUCUCAUUGACUAUGACAUGGUGCAUUAUCACCCUUCGAAGGUGGCAGCGGCUGCAUCCUGCCUGUCCCAGAAAGUUAUAGGCCAAGGAAAAUGGAACUUAAAACAGCAGUAUUACACUGGAUACACAGAGAAUGAAGUAUUGGAAGUCAUGCAGCACAUGGCCAAAAAUGUCGUGAAAGUUAACGAAAACUUAACGAAAUUCAUCGAACGCCUGGCCCACUGGGUUGAGGGCUACCAGAAGCAGCCCUCACAGUAUGCCUCUCCUUCAAAGGCAUGGUGGGGACCAGGAAUGUCAGUCCUAAGGGGCCACCACUGGAAAACAAAAACGGGUCUGUGACACCUUGUUAAUGUUGAAACUUGGAAUGCAUUUUCCUAUUUCAUGGGUUACUAUUUGUUGUUUUUUUUUGGCGGGCAGUUGAUCACAUUUAGCAUUAUUCUCUAAGUGUGAAUGCAUUCACAGUCUCCAACCACUAAAAACAAAACCAAAACACAUAAAAUAAAUGAGUGUCUUACAGCAA